CCGAGUUGACUGGUGAAUCGAAAUGUCAAAACAAUUGUGACAUUUUCGGUCGUUUAGCUGCAAAGUCUGCGAGCCGGUAAAGAUUUUCGGUUACGCGGAAAGUUAGUCACGUUCCUUUUCCUUUUUGUUCAAAAGUAAUAAAGUAAAAUGCCUACUAUCGGAAAAUUAUAAAAGUUCACCAAACAACAGACGCCCCAACAAUGGACAAUCGUCGGGAGCUGGAGGCUCUCGACCCGUCGUCGAACAACGCGACUUACACCCGCGUUGAUGCCCUCACGCCACACAAAAUUGCGAUUGUAAUACUUAUUCAGCAAUACUUGAAGGCCAAACAGAAAGCUCAGGACAGUGGGACGAGCUACCCGGCGCAGUCGCGACGCAAGUUUUGUAUGGUCCUCUUGAAGCUGAUCCAGCUGCCUGACAUGUCGUACAAGGACUUAUACAGCACGCUCACAUCGUCCAAAUAUCGAAUCGACACCGCACACCUCGUCGACUUCGAGAAUUGCAUGAGCAAUCUCGUCUCCUCCAACAUCGGAUGCCUGUUCGACUUGUUCGACAUGCAGUCGGCAAUGGACAAGAUUCUAUCGGAAAACAGUGGCGUAAGCCAGUACGGGGUGGUGGGGCUGUACAUCCGGCGUGUGGCCGUGACAUUGGACCGCAUGACCUUCCCUGAAAUGAUGGCCUUGCACCGCAGCAUUAUUCUGUACUACGAGAAAGGGUUCCGGUCGUUAGGCAUCUGCCCGAGCGGCAAAUCUGCUAAUUCCUCAUUAGUUGACAAUCACAUCGUUAGCAAGGAGAGGAAUAAUCACAGCAAGUGGUCUGUCAAGCAGGCAGAGCUUUUUAUCCUUCAACAAAGUUUGUUGCUCGAGAGCAAUCAACUGCAGGCGCUACCACCAAUGGAGCUGCAGAGCAGAAUCAAUGAAAUCAUCGAGGACAAUCCGCUUUUGUCGCAAGCACACUUCCUCAGCUACAUGAACUACUUGCGGCUGCGAGAUUUCUUCAGCGCGCUAGAUGUCCUUCACCGGACGUUUGAUAGAAAUCCCGUUCAAACAUUGAACCCGACCGAGACCAGGGGUUUUCAGUAUUCCAGUUUAAACCUAGCAAUUUUCCACACUCAACUCAAUCACAAAACUUUGGCUGAGAAAUGCCUGCGAGAGUGCAUAAUGCUGUCCCAGCAGGCAGGGGACAAGCAUUGCCUCGAGCACGCUAACGCUUGGCAUUGUAUUCUGCACAGCGACAGCAUUAAGCCGAGUGAGAAGACCAUUCCCGACGACUCAGACCUAGCCAUGACACUACCCGCCUCGCUGAGUAUUCAAUUCGCCGUGAAAUUGGCUGCCAUCAGCGGCUACAAGCCGCACACAAUUUUCGAAAUUCUCUUGAAGAGCGACGACCUGAACUGUCGGAACACCAUCUCAGAGCUGGCUAUAAGUGCGGUUGCAGAGCGAGCGUCAAUUUGGUCCCUGUACGGGAAAAACGAGAUCGGCUCCUUGUACAGUCAAUUGCUGCUGAGACUGUACCAAAUCUGGACUCCUGAGAACGGAAACAACGAAGCCAUUUGCCAAGCACUUUGCCUACUUGCCCUAUGGCUGGGCACGCAGGGGGAAUAUGCCCUCUCGGCCGUUAUCCUGCAGAACGCCAGCAUCCGCUUUCCUCGUGAUCCGGUAGCCAGGACAUGGAUGACUUGUGACUGCUACGUUACAAUUGCGCAGGCGAUACACACCGGCAAAUGGCGCGACGGCAAUGAGUCAUGUUGUCAGCUCAGCCUUCUGGAUGAGAACGCCGGAAUUCUUCAACGCGCUUCAUUAUUCAUAGCACGAGGGAACCUCGUAUCUGCUCAGAAGAUCCUGGACAAGAUACUUUUGAAGCGCAACUUGGAACCAUUGGUCUACAUUCGUGCGUUGAUCCUCCUGGCGCACAGUCAAAUCAGUCGGACGCAAAUCUCGUCGCAGGUGGUCGACACCUUGAACACCGCCUUGACUCACGCGAAGGAGAAAUACCUUCAUCAUGAGGUCUCGGUAAUCAACAUGAUAUUUUCGCAUGUCCUCCUACAGAUGGGAAUGGCGCGACGGGCGUUUGAUGUGAUGCAAACUUGCCUGGAGCCGAUCUACUCCAAUGGAAGUAUCUACGACAAGGCAAGGGCGAGUGUUCUCUUCGCGCGGUGCACAGUUGCAGCCACGGAAGGCAAAGAGAAAAAAGUAGAGAAGAUUCUUGACUGCAUGGGCAUGAUUACGGAGGCGAUAUUUUUCUUCAAGAAACUCGAGGCUCACUCGAAGGUUAAAGACGUCUAUGUGUUCCUGGCCACAUUUUACCACAGUGUAGGGAUGCGUGCAGAGCGAAAUAGGUUUGCCUACAAAUUCAGGCAAUAUGAUCAAGACUUUCCCACGCAAACGGAGUAUUUGAGUGCGUUUUAUUGAAUUGUUGAGAUUUAUUGGCGAAAUAAAAUGAGCUAUUUAUUAUUU